CUCAACAAACACACCACACUAGCUCCACCCGCUCAACAACUUAUAGCCUUCUACAUUUUCAACAAACAGAUUUAAGCUAAAGUGAGAGAAAUGACUACAAAGACUUGUCUCGUCUUCUUCCUCUCUUCUCUACUCAUCACAAACAUCGCCUUAGCGCAAGACCGAGCUCCUCACGGGUUGGCUUAUGAGACCCCAGUGGCGUUUUCACCUUCUGAAUUUGACUUCUUCCAUGCACAACCAGAAAACCCGGAUGCCACGUUAGACCCUUGCGCUGAAUCCGGCUGCUCGCCUCUCCCUGUGGCUGCGAAGGUUCAAGGAGGUUCUGCAAAAGAACAGCAAAGCGAGAUAGCAACAAUGUCAAUUGGUUCCAGAACCGGAAUGGGAGCUGGUGGUGCGGUCAUGAUCAUCCUUGGACUUGUGUUUCCCAUGCUGAUGUGAACCAUUACAACUCCAUCCAACUUAGUGUUUUAAACUCAUAUUAUGAUAGAGCAAUAUAGCUAGAGUUUGAGUUAAUAUGUGUUUUCUUUUGUUCACUAUAAAUUUCAUAUGCAGUGGUUAAAAGAAGAGUAUUUGACUGUUUAUUGUCAGGCCCGGUUAAGAGUGUUAAGCAAGCAACAAUGGCUACUGAUCUUA